GAAGGCGGAAGUGAGAAGGACUGGACAUGCUAGUCUGUUUGUAAGGUGGCAGCAACUGAUCUGUUUUGCUGCCACCUUACAAAUAAAAGCUUGCCUGAAGCAAGAGGAAAGUUUCCUUCCUUCCUGAAGAGCAAUGCUUCGUUUUCGUAAUAUUUACGUAAUAUACACGUAAUAUUACCUACCACUUUAUGCUCGUAAACUUCUUGCUUGAUGGACAGCACCAUCCUCUCUGCGUGCACAUUCCAUUCAAUGAAAGGCAGCCCCCACCCUGUAUUGUAACGUAGGUCAUCACCAAUUCAACUGUGUUUUUUUGUAGGUUGGCACCAUCAGCCCAUGCCUGUUGCCAUGGCACGGAGGGCCAUGAAGCAAGAACAUCCUCCAUCCUGUUCCCAAAGUAAAUCUCCGCUUUCCAGGAAGGGACGUGGCGGUGGGGGAGGUAACUUGCGGUCAUGUGUGCAUUGAAAAGGUUCGCUGCAUCUUCACGUUUACAUCAAGUGUGGUGACUCCCCCUCGUACGGCUCAAUAAAGUGGGAGGUGCACCUGGUCCAGAGUCCUAAAAACCCGGAGGAGCUGUCUCCGGCAUGCUUGGUGCUGAACGUUGACCCCCGCCCCUUGUCUCCUCUCCCUCCUUCGGUCAUGUGGUCGGUCUUCUUCGUCUUUCUGUCCUACCUGGACAGAGACCUGGCCAGAGGAGACCUCCUGCAGAGCCUGCGCGUGGACGCGGAGAAGCAGAGCAAGGCAUUGUUCUCCAUCAUCAACGGCACCCUGUGCGCCAAAAUGUCCACCGCGCACGGCGACAAGCUCCUCGGCUACCAGGUGUCGGACGGGACCGAGGUGGUCCGCUCGGUUGUGAGCUCCGCCGGGGGGAGGCUGGUGGACUGUUCCGUGACCGUGGACAACGUGGAGGUGGAGAAGUUCGUGUACGAGUGCAGGCUGGGAGCGAAGGGACAGGCGAGCUGGAGGAAGCGUCUUGAUGCGCCUUUUACGCACAUGGAUGAGGCCAAGAUGACGUGCGCGCGCUUCCAAGAGCGAUCCAAGCGUCUCGGUAGCGUCGGUGAGGACGAAAGGGGUCCAUCCGAGGUCCUGAGAAGAUCCAAAAGAGGCUUUACCUAUCCUGGGACGCUCUGGUGUGGAGCUGGCAACAUGGCUGACCAUUACGAGCAACUAGGAGAAUUUGAGGAGACGGACAGCUGCUGCCGCACACACGACCACUGCCCCCACGUCAUCCACGCCUUCUCCACCAAAUAUGGAUACACUAAUUUCAAGUGGCACUCCAUCUGUCACUGUGACUGUGAUGAGGCGUUGAAAGAUUGCCUGCGUCGAGUCAACGACACGUCCUCCAGGGUGGUCGGGCAGGCCUUCUUCAACGUUAUCGGCGCGCCGUGCUUUGAGCUAGCCUACGAGGAGCAGUGUGCAGAGCGCCACUGGUACGGCUUAUGCAAGCGAUACGAGAAACUCCCCAUCGCCGUGGUGAAGGAGGCCGUCCCGUACGACUACGGCGGUAUUGCUGUCAUCGACGUGCUAACCAGGACCCCGCCCGUGAGGAAAGAUUGCAGCAAGCAGGAGAGCACCACACCGUCGGCCAACAUUGUCACGGUCGCUGAGGACUUCAUCAAGGUGCUCGCCUCCGUCUCCACCUCGCAAAACUCCGCCGCUGACAAACAGUCUGAGGAGAAGAAGGAGAAGAAGGAAAGCGCUCAGAAGAAGAAGAAAAAGGGAAAAGGUCGGAAAGGAAAGCAGAAAGUUGCAAAAGCAGCAGAGGAAGUCCCUCUGAGCAACUUCAUCAGCGAGUCAGACAGACGCGACCCGAUGGACGUUCAGAGACCGGCUGAGGUUCCAAACCAACCUUCCAAUGACGUCAUGAAGGACCAACCAAUGAUGGAAUCCACCACGCCUCCUUCCACGGUCCAGCUGAGGCCAGCAGAAGAAAAAAGCCCCCCCUCAGUGAAAAACAGGCCAUCAAGGAAGGGCAGGAGGAAGGAGAAGAAGUCAAGCGCCACCCCCGUAACCGCCACCACAAAACCCAAACAAAGCCCGCCUGUCCACGAGAGAGGAGACGUUACGUCCCAUCAAUGGUCCUCGGUAUACGUGUAUGAUCCGCAAGUAGCGGUCCCUCUCAGGAGCUCAACGCCAGCGCCCGCCGCCACACAGGGGACGGACGCUCUUACAGCUAGAGGUCACUCAUCGCGUGUCCCCAAAAGGCACCGAUCAAGGGACAGGGGGCGGAGAAAUAAAAGGAUGAAAGCGACGUGGAACACCUCUGAAAAUGUGCUAAAUGUCACAAUGACGACAAGAAAGAGCGGGUCUGCGGCGGAAGGAGGAGCCGAGCGAACGUGGCGGUCUCCUCUGGGAAAAACAACCAAGCCAAGGAGGAAAGCUACGCCGCCCGCCGCCCACGAUGGUCUCUCUCUCCCGGAAUUCCCGCCGGUGACCUCCACACCCUCGCCGCCCACAGUCAAAAGCUCCAGGAUGGGUGCGCCCACCUCGCCCACCCGCUACAGGAGCCCCAUGCAGCGCUCCGUUGAGAGGGUGCGACAGCAGUUUGCCUGGAAGAAGAGAAGGAAAGCAGCUGUGACCCUCAGACCACACUGAGACACGUGCGUCAGCGCUGAUGACUUUCAUUGCUGCUCUAAGUCACAUUUCACAGCUUGAGAUCUGAAUAAUGUGAGCAAAUGAUUGUAUGCAUGCCUUCAAUAAAUGAACUAACACAGCCUGGGGGUUCUGGGUAGUUUUCUUUCAUCACAUUUCUGGUGUUCGGACUAUUCAAGGGACAAUUUAGAGGCAGAUUUCAUACUUUGAAUAGAGAAGCGGGUGUAACUGGUCAGUGAUAGGCCACACCCGAUGUUCUGCUGGGUCGCAUUAAGACAAACGUGUCAGAAAUAAAAAUAAAAAUGAACAUUUUUCUGACUUUCCAGCAGUCUGGAGCGCACCAUCAGUUCCACUGUUGCACAGCUGCGAUACCACGCCGAUGUGUGUUUACUAGGGAGGUCCGAUAUUGGCUUUUUUUGCCAAAAACCGAUAUAAAAAACAUUGAAACAAAAACAUAAUUUUGGGGAAAAAAAGCGUGAUCAAAUCCCACUUUAAAAAAUAUGAAUUCAAAAUAAAUAUGAAUAAAAAAUAAGCAUACAAGUCAUUUGUAAAUGUUGCAGCCGAUAGGCCUGAUUAAAUACAACCAAAGCCCAAA